AUGAAUCAUCCAGUGCAGGGCAGUCUGGUUGAAGGAGUAAGUGAUGAAGCUGUACUCAUAGCUGGCGGAUUGCUAUGCAUUUGUUUAGCUUUUAUCUUCUUCGAGCUUUGGAAAUCUCGAUGUCGAUACUUGGGUGUACGCGUACAUCCUUCUCAGGAGCAUGCAGUUGAACAAGCUAGAUCAUUCCUUUCGAACAGUGAUCAUUCUGAGGGCAUUCGCAAUGGCAGACCAAGGGUAUCUUAUAACGCUGAUUCUAGAUGUCCAAUUUGCAUUCUUGAUCCUCGAGCGCCAGUGGAAACUAAUUGUGGUCACAUAUUUUGUGCUGAAUGUAUAAUUACUUAUUGGAAACAUGGCUCAUGGCUAGGUCCCAUGAAUUGUCCAAUCUGUAGACAAGAGAUUACGAUCUUAUUUCCAAAUUACGAAGAUGGACAAGAAACUGAUGUAUCAGUGGACAUUACUACGUACAAUAGAAGAUUUUCUGGUGAACCGCGAUCGGUGUUUUAUCGAUUUCAGCUCUGGGACUACGUUCAAGAUUUUCCUACUUUACUUCGGCACUUUGUACGUGAAUGCUUUACUGUCAAUGGCAUGAUAGCACUGUUUAGAGUUAAAAUUGUAGUUUGUGUAGUGAUUGCUAUGAUUUAUGUACUAUCACCUUUCGACAUAAUUCCGGAGGCAGUCUUUGGUAUACUUGGGCUAUUGGAUGAUUUACUAAUUAUCGUUGUAAUUCUGAUUUAUGUGACUAUGAUCUACCGCAACAUAAUAGCUAACCGUUAA